AUGAAUAGUAAUCCGUCAAUACGAUCUAAUACAUUGAAGCACUCAUUAUGUAAUAAUCUUUAUUCAUCAUUUAUAACAAAUACAUCAGAUUUAACAACAACUAUGAUGAUGAUGUUGAAUCGAAAAAAAGGAACAAAUUCAGCAACAAUAACAACAACAAUAACGACACCACUAACAACGACAACAACAAUGACGAUGACAACAAUAAACCAAAAAGACAACUUAUCAAUGAUAAUAGAACAUAAACCAAUAUUUAAUCAUUAUCAGACUACUACUAAUAUUUUAUCGAUUAAUAAUAAUGAUAAUAAUAUAACUGAAAAUCAGUUGAAUCUUUAUAAAAAACAAUAUUCUCGUGAAUAUCAACGUUAUAAACGUGCAUCAUUACAAUAUCGUUAUGCGCAUGCAGCACGUGAACGUCAACGUGUAGCGGAAUUUAAUAAAGUAUUUAAAAAAUUACAGAAUUUAUUACCAAUUCAUAAUUAUUUAUCAUCAAAUCGACGUUUAUCUAAAUUGCAAAUACUUAAAUUAUGCUCUUCAUAUAUUUAUUAUUUAACUUGUUUACUUCAAAAUAACAAUAAUAAUAAUAAUUGUCAUUAUUCGACAUUCAAUGUUCAAUAUUGA